CGUAAUUGUUCACUAAUUAUAUACUUUAUUAUCAUAGUUAUUGCCUCGAGUAUGUCGAUUCUAAACACACUACAUCGAGCAGGAGCAUUGAUACGGACAAGUUUAACUCAUAAACUUGAUCCAACGAGAACCAUCACAUUUUCACUUACACGUUCUGAGGAAGCAAAUGCAACUGAAGAAACUCCCAAAGUUGCAUCUAGACCAGUUAUAUCAGUAGAGACUAGUAUCAAGUAUAUGAAUAGCGAUGCUUACAAACAGACUUAUGGAAAUGAUCCAGUAUGGAAAAUAUAUAGAAGAAAUCAUAAAGGACAAUUUCCACCUAGGAAAACUCGAAAAACUUGUAUAAGAGGUGGUCACAUUUCGACAGGAAGCCCAUGUCCCAUAUGUAGGGACGAAUAUCUCGUAAUUGAUCAUAAAAACGUCAAGCUGCUUGAACAAUUUAUCAACGAACAUAACGGAAGCGUCUUGAGUUACUCGAAAACAAAUAUUUGCCAAAAGAGACAUAAACAACUCCUAGUUGCAUUAGCCAGGGCCAAGGAUUACGGGACUAUUACAUUCGAUCUUCCCAUAAGGCAAUAUGAUUAUUCAGAGUGGAAAUCAUCAAACAAUUAAUCUU